UGGGUUCUCUAACAACUCUUUCACGCAUAUAAAUCCUCUUUUACUCUCCCCCCAUUUCUAUACCACAAAUUCCACCGUCCGUCGCCAUGGCCAGUUUUACCGACGAUCAUCAAAUCCCAGUCAUUUCCCUUGCCGGAAUCGACGAUGACGGCCGCAUGCCCGCGGUGAAGAAGAAGAUCGUGGAGGCGUGCGAAGCGUGGGGAAUAUUCCUGAUGGUUGACCACGGCAUUGACCCCAAACUUAUUGCCGACAUGAUUCGUCUGACCACUGAGUUUUACUAUUUGCCACGGGAAGAGAAGCUCCGAUUCGACAUGUCGUCCGGCAAGAGAGGCGGAUUCAUGAUCUCCACUCGACGAAAGGGAGAAGUAGAAGAUUGGAGGGAAGUGGUAACGUUCUUUACGUAUCCGAGUAGAGAUCGGAACUACUCGGAGUGGCCGGACAAGCCGGAGGACUGGAUUGGGACAACGAAGGAAUUUAGUGAAAAGUUGAUGGAUUUAGCUUCGAAAAUAUUGGAAGUGUUGUCGGAAGCCAUGGAUCUGGAGAAGGGAGCUCUGAAGAAAGCAUGUGGAGAGUUGAAUCAAAAGAUUUUGACUAAUUUUUACCCCAAAUGUUCCAACUCCGAUCUCGAGCUCGGACUCCCUCGACACACCGACCCUGGAACCAUUACCAUAUUAUUACAGGAUCAAGUAGGUGGUCUACAAGCUACCAAAGAUGGGGCCAAAUCAUGGAUCAACAUCCCACCCAUGGAAGGAGCUUUUGUAGUCAACAUUGGGGACCAUGGUCAUUAUCUUAGCAAUGGGAGGUUCAAGAGUGCGGAUCAUAGAGCAUUGGCGAACUCAAAGAGCAAUAGAUUGUCAAUAGCUACGUUUCAAUAUCCAGCACCAGAAGCCAUUGUUUAUCCAUUGAAAGUCGAGGAAGGGGAGAAGCCAGUGAUCGAGAAUCCCAUUAGCUUUCAAGAGAUGUACAAGAAGAAGAUGAGCAAAGAACCUGUUCUUGCAAUGUUUAAUCAUAAAGGACUCAACAAAUCCAAACCCUAAUCUACUUAAUUUACCCUGCUUUAAUUAUACCUAAAAACUUAAUUAUGCAUGUUCUAAACACAACUUUUUAUUUAAUUUCUUCCCUAGUAUUUAUGCCUUUUUUUAUCUUUUUUUUUUUCAUUGUAUCUCUUUUGUGUAUUUUUAUUUCAAUAAAGUACUUAUUAUUGUCCCUCA